ACAUUGGCGGAAGCCGAGACAGCUGGGAGGAAGUAGAAAUAAGUAUAAAUGAAGGUUUAUUUAAGCGAACUAAUUACAGAUUUUUUUUACAGAUAUAGAAAAAUAAAAAAAAUAAAAAUAAACAUUUAAGCAUUUACUUACGCUAAAGUUUAAAGGCGUUUUCUGUUUAAGGUGAUAAUAAAAAUAACGUCAACCUGAGUUUGUUCUGUAGUUUCAGUUACUGUAUUGCAACACACACACACACACACAGUUGCAUUGCAUACGAAUAAAUUUAAUCGGGGCUGUGCAGCUCAGUCUGUACAGCGAGAUAGAUUUGCCUAUCGAUGCACCAGCCAGUACUGUAUACUCUUGCUUUAUACACAUUUAUCCAGAGUGACUUUACUGAAUAUGUAAUACAAACAGAACAUGUAGAGCACAGCAUGUACGUGUCUGCUUCAUAUGCCUGGAUACUUGCUAGUAGAAGACCUGCAGUGAAACUUAAAAAAAAAAAAAAAAAAAAAAAAAAAAAGCUAAAUCACUUAUUUUAAAGAAGUUAUAAGUAUUUAGUCUGAGACACGAGACUGAAGCUGGUCUGAAAAUGCCCAGAAGGAAGCAAUCCAACCCGCAGCCUGUGAAAUUGGAUUCAGAAGAUGUAUUAGGAGUGGAUAAUCCAGGGAGCCUCGUCUUGGAGAGUGACUUCCUCUUGGGCCAGGACCUGGAGUUUGUGGACAGCGAUGACAAGAUCAUAGGAUUCGAGAAAGAUUCUGAAGAUUCAGUUGCUGAGAUUGUCAUCCCGGUCUAUUCACUGAGCGAUGAUGACUGUUCGAGCUACAACCGGCUUAGCAUGGAGAGCGAUGCUGAGGACCCCAGAGACACAGAGAGUGACCAAGAAGAGAAUUGUCACCACACACUACAGCACUACCUCUCCUGCAAGCAGUGUGGGCAGCUGUUGGACAACUCCAUUGGAGACCUGGGCCUCUCCACUCCUUACUGUCUGAAAUGUGGGGCGGACAGUGCUGACGGAAGGGAAUCGGAGGAGGCUCACCCUGCCAAGAAAAACAGCGGCUCCAACCAAAUCAACCGGAAGGUCUACUCCUGCAAGGUGUGCAACUUCUCUUCACGCUAUUCCAACCACCUGAAACGACACAUGAAAACGCACAACGGAGAGAAGCCUUUCAAAUGCCCACAUUGUGGCUAUGCAUCAGCGCAACUGGUCAACCUGCAGCGGCACAUGCGCACCCACACAGGGGAAAAACCCUUCAAAUGCGAGUACUGUGCCUUCGCCUGCAACUCCCUGGGCAACCUCAAGAGGCAUGAGCGCAUGCACACACAGGACAAGCCGAACAAGUGCAACCUUUGCAAUUACCAAGCCAGCAACAGCUGCAUCCUCAAGCAACACAUGCUGAGACAUGAAGUGGAGGAGCCUCCCUUGGAGACUGAAGAUGCAGUUGUCUCAGACCUGACCCUCCAUGUAAACAGCACCACUGACUUCCUCCAGAGCUAUGCAAGUCUAAAACCAGAGAUGGAUCCCCACAGCCUGCUAGACUCUAGGGACGUAACAGAGGAAUCAGAGACCCUCCCUGAGCUCCUGUUUCCCUUCACCUGCCGCCUGUGUGGCCUGGUGUUGGAUGAUAGCUUUAUGCAUGAAGACAACUCAUCCAGUCAGAUCUGCAGCAAGUGCAGUCUUGAGGUGCUUUCCCAGGAGAUCCCCAGCAGUCCAGAGAAAACAGACAAGGUCUUCUCCUGCGCAUUGUGCUCCUUCAUCACACAUUACCCCAACCACCUAGCCCGGCAUAUGAAGACGCACAGCGGUGAGAAGCCUUACAAGUGCCCGCAGUGUGACUACGCCUCUGCCCACUUUGAUAACCUGAAGCGGCACCAGCGGGUUCACACGGGUGAGAAACCCUACAAGUGUGAUAUGUGUGACUACGCCUGCGGCAACUUGGCUAACCUGAAGAGACACGAGCGCGUCCACUCUGGCGCCAAGCCCUUCAAGUGCAGCAUCUGCAACUACAGCUGCAACCAGAGCAUGAACCUGAAGCGCCACAUGCUGCGGCACACUGGGGAGAAACCCUUCAAGUGCCAGGAGUGCUCCUACACCACAGGCCACUGGGACAAUUACAAGCGCCACCAAAAGAAACACGGCCACUCCACCGAGGGCUGGACUAAACUGCAGCAGGCAGAAACAGGGGACGAAUCGUAGUUAGUUUCCUUAAGGGGGGGGCAGUAAAUGGGUAAUUUAUUCACAAGGUUCAACACAAUUUUCUUCCUGUUUUUCCUUUGAAAUGUUGCAGAGAGCCAGCAUCCGUUCUGUCUUAUACCGAUCAAUUAGGCAUUGCUUGGUGCAUGUUCUUACUUUUAUAAGUUUUGCUGCCUAUAGAAUAGGUGCAUUUCGAGUCACAGAGGUUUCUAAAAAAAUUAAUUUGAAUGUCAGGGAGUUGCACAGUGUAGCUCAUGAGUUGUUCUUUAAAUACAUUCUCAAAACAAUUGGUAAAUUGGAAUGUGUGUAUUUUAUUGUCGUUGGCAGAAAGGCCAUGUAAUAAACUUGAAACUUCUAGUCAUCCACAUUGAUUUUGAAAGUGCUUUUGUCAUUUUAUUUCAGUAGUUUAUUUUUUUUAUUUUUAUUAUUACUACUUGUGUCAUCAAAACUUUGUAUAACAAGGCUGGGCCUGUUAGUGUUUUUUUUCAGAUUAAGGUUGCUAAUUUCACAACAUUAAAUUGUUUUGAAAGCUGCUUUUGGUCAACUCUAUAGUAAGAGUUGACCAAAUUUGACAUUUUCACGGGAAGAUAGAGUGCUGCCAAUUCACGUUGGUGAGCAAAAAGAUACGGUGGGCUGAUUCCUACUGAAGUCCAGACCAAAGGCUAGGACAAUGUAUUAUGGGAUACAAAUAUAAUACAAUACUUGUGGACACCCCAUGGAGUUCACUUUUAUAAUCUGGAGGGGAGGCAGUUUCUUUCAAUGUCAUAGAGUUUAUCCUCAGAAUAUAUGGUGAGGGUCAUAUUUCUUAAAUUAUUUUUAUUGUUAGAUUUUAUGAAACAAUAUAAUUUAAACAAAUCAUCCAAAUUUUAUUUUUAUAGGAAUAUUGUGGGAUUAAACCUGAAAUAAUGCAUUCAACAGAAAACAAAAUGUAAAAUGAAACUUUACCAAACUGAACAUUUUUAGCUAACAAUCGUAUUGUAAAGCUAACAUUUACUUGGAAAAGUAUCAGUAUUUACUCAUAACUAGGACAUGUGGAAAACUUCUUAAGAUGAUUUUAUGGAGUAGGAACUAACAUGUUCAUAAAAUGUAAAAAAAAAAAAUAUGUCAGAAAUCUUGCAAGUUACAGUUUGGGUGCAUGCAUAGGUUCCAGGUUUGGCCAAAAAUGUUUUUAAAAUAGCAAGCUGUUGGUUAGGAUGUUUUCUAAGAAUAAUAAUAACAAUAAUAACAUUAUUGAUAAUAAAACAUCUUGUUUGCUAAAACCUUCCAACACUAAUGAAAUGAUGCAGUAUUUUUUAUUGAUUGUUGCUAACAAAUGAUUGUACUACUGUUAUUUUCUGUAUGUUAUUUUUGGUCAAAGUAACAGAGAUCAGGCAUGAGCUGGACUACCACAGUACUGAGCUUUCCCAUAUUACACAAUGUUUUUGUGCACUCUUUCCUGUGCCCAUUUUAGCUAGCAUUGGUAAAUUGCAUUUUUUAAACAGUAUUUUAUAGAUGUAGCUGAACACACCUUCACUUGUGAACCACCAAAAAUGUUCAGCUCUGAAUCCAAAAUGUUCAUGAUAGUACUUUAGGACUGUUCUUGGUGCUUUUGACACCAGUGCAAAGGCUAGGAAAGCAGCUGAAGUUUCAGUAUUGUGGAGUCCUAAACAUUUAUGCUUUAUCACACUGACUACCCACAGUACAAAAGUUUAUGCCAAAUAGUCUUUGUUUAAUUAAAAAGUGAAAUACAUUUUAUUUUGUUAAAAAAAACAACAAAAAAAACAUGCUUGUGAAGAACAUUUAAAAGGCUUGUAAUAUACAUUAUUGUGUGUUGCAUGCUGCACUGGGUAGAACAUGUUUUGAUUUAUAUAUA